GGCGACCGUCUUGCUCGAAGAGUCCCCGGCGGCACUCCCCGAGGACGAGGGGAAGGAGCUGCUGGACCAGGCCGAUCGCGUGAGGCGCGUGAUCCGGGAGUGCUCGUCCCCCGGGGAGACCGACGGCUGGAAGCGGGUCGAGAUCGACAACCCGCG